UACUUCCGGUCGUUGAGAAUUACCAACGCCAUUUGCCUGUGCCGAAGAUAUACAUCAGGAAAUCGACACAUUGAGAAGUAAACAAAUCUACUCUAACCAGUGAGAAUGACUGCUACCAGGAGAUCUCAGGGAAAACAGGAGACUAGUGCCAGUGGUGAAGCACCUGCUGCUGCUGCUGCUGCUACUACUACUACUACUACCACUACUACUACAGAAAGUUCUGAAAGUACAGCUGAGAUGGAGGAGCUUACAACCACUACUGACAAUCAGGAAGAGGAAGAUGUUGAAAUGAAAGAGGAGAAAACGGAAGAAGAAGGUGACGAUAAGGAGGAGAGUAAGGAAAAUAAGAAAGAAGAAACAGUAGAAAUUAAGGAAGAUGACGAGACAAGGAAGAAUAGACUUGUAGAUCAGCUGUACAAAGCUGAGUUCUUAAAAGCUGUAACUGAAACAAUAACCAUAGAGCCUAUUAAGUCACAGUUGCUGAGGAAUGAGGAAUUUAUUGGCUUGCUUUCUAAAGCCAAAGUUCUUAACCUUCAAAUGGAACAUCAGACUGGAACUGCAAAACUUACAUUUGCUCCUUACCGAGAGUGGAUGGCAUCACGCAUUUUGAAAGGGCUGAACAGGCUUCAGAAGGAUGAUGCAAAAUUAAACAUAGAGUGUACUGAAGGGCUUAAGGCUCUACUAGAGCUGGAAAAAGCUGGGAAACUCAAAGGUGGUGAUACACGUGAACAGCAGACAUCUAAGUGUCUGUAUGUUACUAACAUACCUAAAGACACUACGGAAGAAACCUUGAAAGCAUUUUUUCCAAAAUGCGUAAAAGUCUAUGUACGUGGUGAAUCAGAAGAGUCCGUUUUAGGAUGGGCUGUAAUGGAAUUCAGCACUAAAACAGAAAUGGAAGAAAGCUUUGAGAGUCAGAAGGAAAUUGAGAUCGAAGAGAGCAAAAUCCCAGUCUGUAAGGUGAAACCUUUUGAGAGGAAAGGUAAAGGCUUCAAAGGAAAAGGAAAGUUCCAGAACAAGGGUGGUUUCAAGGGAGCAGGAGACAAAGGCAGCAAAUCACCAAUUGCCAACAAGUCGAAGCCUGUUGGGAUUACUUCAGACAAGACUAAAACAGGGUCACAAUCUAGUGCAACCAUGAAAGCCAAUGAUUUGAAAAGAAAGGCUCAAAAUCAAAAGAUACAGCAGCUGAAUAACAACCAGAAAAAAAGGCGGCUCGGGUCCAUGGGGGGUCCCAUGGGGGGUCCAAUGGGUGGUAUGGGAUCAUUUCAGUUUGGAAACCGAAACAAAAAUAUGCGGGGAUCUGGUAUGGGGAUGUCGAUUCUUGGCAAUCCAAGAAGUGGAAAUUCCAUGAUGAAUCUAGGAGUAGGACCUAGUGUACCAAAUAUGAUGGGAAUGGGUGGUAAUAUGGGCAACAUGAUGGGGAUGGGUGGAAUGGGUGGUAUGGGUGGUAAUAUGGGUGGCAAUAUGGGCAACAUGGGUGGUAUGGGUAUGGGACCUGGCAUGGGCAUGAUGGGCAACAAUAUGGGUGGCAAUAUGUCAUCAUUCAACAACAUGGGUGGAAAUAUGGGCAAUCAGAAAAACAAGCGCAACAACAAGCGAGGUGGAAAUAUGGACAGAGGUGGACAAUGGUCAGGAGAUCAAGGUCAAAGCAGUUACAGGGAUAACUCAUCAGAUGAGCUCUCUUCAAAACUGAGCACUGUAUUAUCUAAACAGAGGAUGGGACAAGACAGUGACUCAGACAUGGUAUCCAUGCUACAGUCAGCCUUAAAGGCAGCUCAAAAACGAAUGUCGAACAAAGAUUCAGGUGACAGAGACAGCGGUAGAAUGAUGCCACCCAGCACUUUCUCCAAUUCAGGAGCAACAGGUGGAAACAAGAAACAACGUCAAAGACAAAAGAAACAGAAUUCCAAUGGGAAUAGAUGGGGCGGAUCAGGAUCAUCAGGAAACUAUGGUGGUGGUAGUAGUAGUAGUAACACAAGCUUCAUUAGUACCACAAGUGGAAAUUACGGCAGCAGAGAUAGCAGCAGUGGAUACGGGGGUUCCAGUUACAACUCAGGAUCCAACUAUGAUAGCUCUCCUAGUUAUGGUGGCUCAUCAAGCUCCAAUUAUUUUGGAGGAAACUAUGGUGGAACAUCUGAUCAGUCUAGCACAGGUGCCUCCUAUUAUGAUCAAGGUAACACAUAUGGAUCAACACAGAGUUCCUAUUCAGAUGGGUCCUCCUAUGGUAACAAGUCUUCUGCACAGUCAUAUGACUACUCUCACAGAUCAUCAUCUGAUUCCUACGGAAACUACAGAUCUGGAUAUUAUUGAUCAGUGUUGAUAAACAAGAAACUGGAGAGUAAUGAGACAACAUUGGAGAAUGCCAUUUUUCUUCUUUAUAGUAUGGUAGUCCAGAGAUCUUCAUCGGAGGAUGCCAUUUUUAGGUCAUUUGACCUGAAGAGGCAGGAUAAGCUAUAGCCAUCAUAUCUUGUGUGUCAUAGUGGGGAAUUUUUAGAAUUGUAAACUUCUUCUCCAGUUCCACUAGUGAAUGAGGAGUUAUUUAGGUUACUGGUGAAUUGUUCCAAACUGUUUUAAUCAUUUUAAGCUGUUCUACUACUAAUAAUAAUAAUCAUAAUGAUAUACUUGGAUCUCUUGUUCUUCAGUGUAGUAUCAUUGAUUAUUGUCAUCAGUCAUUAGUUUUAUUGAAUCUUCUGUUUAAUAGCAAUGGAAGCCAAGCAGCUUUUUGAAAAAGUGUUAAUUAAGGUAAAAGAGGCCCAUGCAGCCUUCUUUAAGUUGAUUGAAAUGAUAAGAUUUUAGUUAAGAAAUCAUGAGUUAAUUUGUGCCAGGGAAAUCAGAAGGCAAAUUAAUUGCUGUAAGUAAACCUAUUUCAUGGAGUUUUUUCAUAUCUUUGCACUUUUGCUGGUUCAGACAAUAUUGCACUAAGUUAGAAGUCUGGAAUUUCAACAAAUACCUUGUUAAUACUAGAUACACUCUUAUUUCCUGAUUAGAAUUGUAAUCAGUUCAAAGAAUUCAGAACUGCCAACCUGUUUGAAUUCUUGUUUAGUUGAAACAUAUCACAUAGUUGAGUGUGGAAUAGCAGCCGAAUUAGAAUCUUGUGGGUUUACCUUCUACAGAAACACCAGCAGCAGAUUGUAGACUGUUUUUACAGACCUAUGGAUUAUUUGCUUGAUUUGACAAGGAAGGAGCUUAUGAUGUGUGAUCAUAUUUUCUAUGUUUGUCAUAACAGCAGCUGUCCAGAAUAGUUUAUUACUCCAACACUUUAAAUUCCAUCACAACUUGAAACAAAUUUGUUUUGUAACAAAUAUUGUUGGUGUGGCUAUUCAUAGAUGGAUCAAGCUGUUUUAUUUCUGUCAUUUAAAAAUCAAGAAAUAUAUAUCAAUAAUCUGUACUUGUAUUCUUUUUUUUUGGCUAAACUGGAAAUUUUUUGCAACACAUUCUGAGAAGAAAAAUAUGUUUUUCAAUAGUAUAUUGUUAUUUUCAUAAUCACUCAAAUUUCUAAGUGUAGUUCUAAUGAAAUGCUGAAACGCAUGUUGUUAAGCUUGAAGUUGUUCUUUUAUAACAUACCCAUCCAUUUGAACAAUCAUGUUGAUUUUGUUUUAUGUAUUGUCAUUACAUGUUGUUUUUUAAAGGUGUUGUAGUAGAGCAGAUAGUGAGCUGUUUCAGGUAUAGCAAUGGUCUGAUAGUUCCAGAGGUAUAUCAUUAAUACUUAAGUUAAUAUAGUCAGUCUAAGGGAAUUGACACAUGUUAGCCAGAGCUUUGCCAGCUGAUUACAAUUGUGGAAUGUGUAAAACACAAGUUUCAUGUAAUUAUUAAAAUUCAUCUCUGAACUGGCAGAUUUAUCUCCCUUUUGCAUCAGAAAUGCUUUAUAUGGGAGUUAGAUUGAGAAUCCAGUUAGGAGAACUUUAACAAUAUUUUGUGUGUUACAGACAUCUGGAAUAUAUUGUGUAUUGUCAACUCAUUUUAUAGAGAAAGUUCAAUAAAAUAUAAUGUUUUAAA